AUGGGGUCACUCAACGACCCCCAACGUACCGAGUUGCGCUACAUUCAACAGCUAUUCGACGAUAGAGUAGAGUCGACCCCUUCUGAGAAGCUCAUAUUCUACCCACUCGGGAACACUGCCAGGAAACUUUCCUCAGUCAUCCACUCUCUCGAUGGAUUUAGAGCGGGUUGUCCUGUACUUCUUCAUCUGAACGAUCAUUGGGACACUAUCCUCUGGUUCUGGGCUGUCUUGUUUGCCAACGGUCUGCCAGCCAUUUCACCAAUUUUCAGCAAUGUUGCCCAUCACCGCUUUAAGCAAAUAGAAGGACUUUCAAAUAUUCUGGACUCGCCCAUCUGCAUCACAAGAGCAGAAUCAUUGCCUUCGUUUGACGGACCCCAUUCCAUGCAACUGCAGACCGUUGAAGCUCUGCUAAACCAGGACACUGAACUGAAUGAGAUAGUUCCGUCCCUAAAACAGCAUUACCGCUACACAGACGCAACGAAUCAAUCCGACAGUCCAGCAAUUCUCAUGUUCUCAUCCGGUAGCACUGGAUGUGCCAAGGCUGUGGCCUUGACGCAUAAGCAGAUACUGGCAUCUAUUGCCGGGAAAGCUUCAGUCCGGCCGCUUCCAGCAAAUCGACCUUUUUUGAACUGGAUAGGGCUUGACCAUGUUGCGAGCUUGGUGGAGAUCCAUUUACAGGCGAUGUGGGUUGGGGUCAGCCAAGUCCACCUCCAGGCUGCCGAUGUAGUCUGCUCGCCAAUGAUUUUCCUCGACCUCCUUAGUCGUCAUCGAGUGUCACGUUCAUUUGCUCCCAAUUUCUUUCUUGCGAAGAUGGUAUCUGCAGCCCAAACGUCAGUUGACACCAAUCCGGAGAAGUGGGACUUGUCAAGCCUAGCUGUCCUUGCAUCUGGCGGAGAGGCGAACGAUGUUAAAACUUGUGUAUCAGCAUCUGCCUUGCUCGAGACAUAUGGCGCCCCUCGCAACGUUAUUACACCCGGGUUCGGGAUGACAGAGACGUGUGCAGGGGCAAUCUUCAGCCUUCAUUGUCCAGAUUAUGAUAUUGAGCGUGGCCAUAUCAUGGCGUCUCUGGGUAAGUGUAUGAAGGGUCUAGAGAUGCGCAUUACUCAAACACCGGAUGAAGACGCCUAUGAAGUAACACUGGCUCUCCCUGGCGAGCUCGGCAACCUCGAGGUUCGUGGCGAUGUUGUAUUCACUGGCUACUACCAUAAUGCGGAGGCAACCGCCGAAGCUUUUACCUCCGACGAUUGGUUUCGCACAGGAGACCAGGCCAGCAUCGAUUCGUUGGGGAACCUCAAUUUCGUCGGUCGGUCGAAAGACGUUAUCAACAUAAAUGGCGUGAAGAUGGUCGUCGCCGACAUACAAGCCUCGAUAGAGCAAGCUGUGGGUAGCCGCGUCGCUCGCCUUGUAUGCUUUCCGUCAAGGGCUGUGCAUACAGAGCAAGUUACCGUUUCAUACAUCCCAAAGGAUUGGCGAAUUUCAGCCGCGACUCUCCUUGAGGUGGAAGACUUAACCAUACAAGCAUGUAUCAUCAGCACCGGGGCUCGACCAAACGUCUUCGCAUUGUCUGAAAAGUCUUUAUCCUUACUCCCAACUUCAGCACUUGGAAAGAUAUCGCAAGCCAAGAUGAGGUCUUUGUUCGAAGAAGGUGUAUUUGAUGAGGAUGUGAAGAUAUACCAACAGGAACUCGAAGACGCGAAGAGCUCCAAGAGAGACAGCGAGAGCAGCGAAAGACGCGAAGAGGCGAACGAAGCCGAAUCGCGUCUGAUUGGGGACUUCCAAAAGACCCUCAGCCUCCGUACCGUUUCCGAAACAAUCGAUGUCGAUACUAAUGUGUUCGAUCUGGGAUUUACGUCGAUGGAUUUGAUUCGGUUAAAGCACCACAUUGACGUUCGCCUAGGAACCUCCGUGCCCGUUAUCAUGCUGAUGAAAAACCCCACGGCAAGGUUAUUGGCGGCAGCCAUAGACGCUGAGCUUUUGAAACCAUCAGCUACAGUUGAUUCCGACUACAAAUAUGAUCCAGUGGUGACGUUCAGGUCAACCGGCACUAAGACGCCUCUGUGGCUUGUACACCCUGGCGUGGGCGAGGUUCUCGUUUUUGUUGGUCUAGUUCAACAGUUGCACCUUGUUGAUGGUGAUCGACCAAUAUACGCGCUCCGAGCAAAAGGGUUUGAGCAAGGGCAGGUGUGCUUUGACUCUAUUGACCAAGCCGUCGACACCUACGUGGACGCAAUUCGGAGGCAGCAGCCACGGGGUCCUUACGCACUAGCUGGCUAUAGCUACGGCGCAAUGCUGGCAUUCCAAAUGGCCAAGAAACUCGAUGCCAAGAGUGAUGCGGCCGGUAAAGUGCGCUUCCUCGGCAGCUUUAACCUCCCUCCACACAUCAAGUCGCGAAUGCGCCAGCUCAAGUGGAACAUGUGCUUGUUGCAUUUAACACAAUUCUUGGAGCUAACGACAGAAGCAUAUGCUGACAGCCUCGACGAGGAAUCUUUCGCAAGCGUUCGCCGCAGUGAAGCUCUGGAACAAGUUCUCGGCGUCGCAGAUAGGAGCCGUUUGACAGAGCUAGGGCUUGGUGAAGUGCAGCUUGCUCGAUGGGCCGACGUUGCUUACAGCUUGCAGAGCAUGGCUGUGGACUACGAACCUGAUGGGAGCGUGGAGGUGAUUGAUAUCUUUCACGCUGUGCCUUUGAAAGUAGCGGCUGCAACGCGAGAGGAAUGGAUGCGGGAUCAUUUGAGUAGAUGGAGCGAAUUUUGUCUAACCGAUCCCAGAUUUCAUGAAGUUGAGGGAGCCCAUUACACAAUGCUUGCUCCAGAUCAUGUUGUCAGCUUUGCAGCAAGGCUUGCAGCCGCCUUGCGCGCUAGAGGAAUUUGA